AUGCGUUACACGCAGGCGAAGACCAUAGUGCGAACGCAGCACUGGCCCAUCGACCACGUGAACCGGGGCGACUUGUGGCGCAAGCUGUGCCAAGGCCACGUCAAGAUGGGGAUUCCCGAGGGCUUCUACGAGAGCACGGUCAAGGAGUCCCUGGACGGCCUGUGGCCCAUCAGCAUGCCGGCCUUCACGGACCCCAUCUUCGGCGAGGACUACAUGCUCUCCGCCGAAGGGCAGCGGCGCGCCGAGCGGGUGCUGUACGUGGUGUCCGUCAACUACCCUUUCAUCACCUACUGCCCCAUCCUGCACCCGGUCGUCUGCCUGCUCCUGCACUACCUCACCGAGGAGCAGACGUACGAGUGCGCCUGCGCCCUCAUCGAGGGCACCGUAGUGCGCCACCUGAGCCAAACGCGGCUCAUGUACGACACGUCGGCCCACACGCUCAUGAAGCUGACCAAAACCUAGCGGUAGAAGACGUACAACAAGCUACUGCGCAAGGUACAGCGGGAGGAAGACCUGGAGAAGAUAUUUCUGACGUGGCAGCUAUGGAUCUUCCGCGGGCUGCCCUUCUACCACCUGGUGCGGACCAUGGACUGCUUCCUAAUCGAGGGAGUGAGGGCGCUCUACCGCGCCGCCAUGGCCAUCCUCAUCCUGUUCGUCCACGACCACUCGAGUGAAAUAUCCAACGAGUCGAUGUUCACCAGAAUUUUCGGACCCUCCGGCGAAGGCGGGAUGGAUGCGGCCGGUGCCUUCUUGGACCGGGUCGUAUUGUACCUCAGGGACAUGCCGUACAAUGUGGACUUUUUCCUCAAGACUGCCUACGGCAUACAGGGCGUCAGCGCGAAGGUGCUCAACGAUCAGCUGCUCAAGUCCGAGGCGUACGUGCGGGGACACGCGGGCAAACGACUGGUGGGCUCGCCGUCCUCGGACUCCGGCAUCAUGAGCGACCGUCUAGAGAUCACCUCGUCUGUACUACGCAUCAAGAAGAGCCGAUACAGCGCUCCGUGCACCAUGGCGACCGGCAUAGCCCAGCUUUCCAACUUCCACUCGGAGAUUCUCAGCCACGAACAGAUGUGCGUCCUGUGGAACUGGCUGCCGCCGCGCAUCACGACGCUCCAGCCCGAGCUCAUCUACUCGACCAACGAGCACGGCAGCAGCCUGACCAACUUCUACGUGCACACGGACACCUGGGAGCCCACGGUGCUGGUGCUGCUGACGACGCGGGGCGAGCGCUUCGGCGCCUACUGCUCCACCCGGUGGAUGGAGCGCAAGCAGGCCUACUUCGGCACCGGAGAAACGUUCCUCUUCACGUUCGCGCCGCAGGCCAAGCGCUUCGCCUGGAUCGGCGUGGGCGCGGCGCGCGACGUGCCGCACUCGGCCAAGCUGUUCAUGUCCGCCAACCAGACCAUGAUCCUCGUCGGCGGAGGGAACGGCAUGGGCCUGUACAUCGACCAGUCGCUGGAGAAAGGCCGCACCGAGCACUGCGACACGUUCGACAACCCGCCGCUAGGGGCCAGCAACGACUUCGUCGUCAACAUCUUGGAGGUCAUCGGCUUCGCCUGACUUUUUCGUCCGCUGGCCUAUAGCUGGCCGCGAAAAACAAUUUGUGAACGAUUCGCGACAAUUUGUGAACAAUUAGCGACUCGUCGUCAAUCGCUGCAGCCAGUGGGCGACGACUUGCGGCGUCUAACACGAUUAAUGGACCGUUAGAUUGCCCGAACGGCCGUUCUUGCCGUGUUCACACGUGCGACAUUGUUGUUUCUUUUUCCUUUUUUUUUUCUUCACGGUGUGACUUUGUGCUGCCGGUGCCAAACCGCGAAUUGACGUUGGCAGUGUCCCGGCUUGUACGCUGCCCCGCGAAGAUAACGUUGAUUAUAUGUGUUUUAUUUGGUUUAGGUAGUAAUCUACAAAUUUGUGUGUAGGUCUGUGUUUGGUAUGUGCACGUUAGCGAGCCCCGGAUGA